AGCGGCUGCCGAAAGGAAAAUUGGACUGACUUGCACUGUCCGCUGUCCAGCGAGGACUGAGGAAGAAAGGGGCCAAAGCGGCUGCAAUUAACGAUUGGGUUAAGGCGGAUUAGGAACUAGGAAAAGCUCUGGGGAAGAGCAGCAGCAGCUGCAGCAGCAGAAGAGCAAGUGCAGGAAGAGGACGACGAUGACGUUGGCGAGCUCACGGACGGCAGGCCGAUCCUGCAGGCUCCUUCGUGCUCGUGGCGCCUUCUCUCACCAUCUGCCCUCCAUGCACGCCGCCUCUCCGCCUCUCUCUCGGCAGAUAAGCAUGGAUGCUCAAAAUCUUACUGCACGGUUAAAAAGUUCAGGCCUUCUGAGGAGUCAGGCGCUUAUUGGAGGAAAAUGGAUUGACGCAUACGAUGGGAAGACCAUUAAGGUUCAUAAUCCAGCAACUGGUGAAGUUAUAACUGAAGUUCCAUGCAUGGGUUCAAAAGAAACAAAUGAUGCUAUAUCUUCUUCAUAUGAUGCAUUCUAUUCUUGGAGCAAACGGACUGCCGCUGAGAGGAGCAGACAUUUAAGAAAAUGGUAUGAUCUGCUGAUCGCCCACAGAGAAGAACUGGGACAACUUAUAACUCUGGAGCAAGGAAAACCUUUAACAGAAGCCAUGGGCGAGGUUACAUAUGGGGCAAAUUUCAUUGAGUUUUUUUCAGAGGAAGCUAAGCGUGUGUAUGGUGAUAUCAUUCCAUCGCCUCUAGCAGAUCGCCGUUUGUUAGUUUUAAAGCAGCCCGUAGGGGUUGUAGGUGCUAUCACGCCAUGGAACUUUCCAUUAGCCAUGAUCACUCGAAAGGUUGGACCGGCCCUUGCCUGUGGUUGUACAGUGAUCAUAAAGCCUUCUGAAUUCACGCCUCUCACAGCUUUAGCGGCAGCUGAGCUUGCACUUCAGGCUGGAAUACCACCGGGUGCUGUAAAUGUAGUGAUGGGGAACGCUUCUGAUAUUGGGGAUGCCUUACUCGCUAGUCCACAGGUAAGAAAGAUUACUUUCACGGGUUCAACAGCUGUUGGGAAGAAGUUGAUGGCAGGUGCAUCUGCAACGGUUAAAAAGAUUUCUUUAGAACUUGGGGGCAAUGCGCCAUGCAUAGUGUUUGAUGAUGCAGAUAUUGAUGUGGCUGUGAAAGGAGCACUAGGAGCAAAGUUCCGUAAUAGUGGACAAACAUGUGUGUGUGCAAACAGAAUUAUUGUGCAAGAAGGCAUAUAUGAAAAAUUUGCUGAUGCUUUCUCGAAAGCUGUCCAGAAUCUAAAAGUUGGCGAUGGCUUUAGUGAAGGUGUUGCACAGGGGCCACUUAUCAAUGAAGCUGCACUGCAUAAGGUUGAGUCAUUCGUUCAAGAUGCCCUCUCUAAGGGAGCAAAAGUCCUACUUGGUGGCAAAAGGCACAGCCUAGGAAGGACAUUUUACGAGCCUACAGUUUUGAGUGAUGUAAAAAGUGAGAUGCUUAUCUCAAGGGAGGAAGUAUUUGGACCUGUGGCACCCCUUCUGCGCUUUAAAACUGAGGAAGAAGCUAUUCGUAUGGCUAAUGAUACCAAUGCAGGUUUAGCUGCAUACAUUUUUACAAACAAUGUUCAACGUUCAUGGAGGGUCACUGAGGCCCUUGAGUACGGGCUGGUCGGUGUCAAUGAAGGAUUAAUCUCGACAGAGGUGGCUCCAUUUGGAGGCAUCAAGCAAUCUGGUCUUGGACGGGAAGGUUCCAAAUAUGGGAUUGACGAAUAUCUUGAAUUGAAAUACAUGUGCUUGGGUAAUAUGACCGGUAAUUGAUGUUGCCCACAACUUUUCCUAUGGCAACAAAGGGCAAAUCAGGCGCCGCCUCUGCCCCUCUUCAACCUCCUUUCACCCUUUUGCUUGCUUUGAAUAACGGAAGUGAUCAGCCACAGCAUCAGUUUUCCCUAUGCAUCAGAGAAAUUCCACAGCACGGGGCAGUAGCUACUUUGUUCGCUCUAAUCAUGUGUAUAUGUACUUAAAUAAGUGCCGGUUCAUAUCGGUUUGCUAGUUUACGUAAUUAAGCGCUGCUUCAUAACAGUUGCUUAGUUUGUGUGAUUAAACGGUGUUGGUUGCCCCGUUCUGUCCAUUUAGCCUUCGUUAUUCA